AUGACAAGCAGCGACACUAAAAACACCUCGACGUCGCAGGUGCUGUCGUCAUUGGUGUUCAACAGUAUUGUUUUUGGAGUGUUUCUCAUCUCAUUCAUCCUUUUGAGACUCAAGGAAAAACGUAUUUACCAGCCCAAGUCGUCGUAUGAGCUUAUAGACGAGGAAAAACGGCCCCAGCCCUUGCCCAGUGGGCUGUGGCAAUGGAUUAUUCCUUUGCUCAAGAAAUCGGACAACUUUAUCAUCCAACAAGCGGGGCUCGAUGGCUACUUCUUUCUCCGGUAUCUCCUGGUUAUUUCGGUAUACUGCGGUGUGUCGAUGCUGUACAUCUUCCCUACGUUGAUCCCAAUAAACGUGGUUCACGGUGUCAGACACAGCGGGUUCGAUAUGUUGGCCUUCUCGAAUGUUGACGAGAAGCACAGAUAUUAUGGUCACGUGUUCUGCGCAUGGGCAUUCUUCUGGGGGUUCCUAUACGUGAUGUAUCGGGAGCUCACGCUGUAUGCGUCGCUCAGACAGAACGUGUUGGCGUCGCCACGGUAUGCGAAGAAGCUCUCGUCGAGAACGGUGCUUUUCCAGUCUGUUCCCGAUCAGUAUUUGUCCGAGGUCGAGUUCGGCAAGCUAUUCGACAAUGUGUCAACGAUAUGGAUCGCUAGAGGCGCGAAAGAGUUGAGCAAGCUGGUCGAGGAGCGUGACAAGUUGGCGUUGCAGCUUGAGGGUGCCGAGACUGCGUACUUGAAGAAGGCUGUGAAGGCGGUCAACAAGUUGAAGAAGAAGCACGGCGGUGUCGAGGCGUUGAGCGUGUCAAACGAUAUCGAGACGUAUGUGCCCCACAAGAAGAGACCCAAGCACAGGCUCAAGUUCCUUGUCGGUAAGAAGGUUGACACCAUCGAUUAUGCGAAGGAGAAGUUGCCCGAGUUGAACAAAAAGAUCAAGGAGUUGCAAGCGAAACACAUGGAGGAAAAGCCAAUGAACUCGGUUUUCGUCGAGUUCAAGAGCCAGUACGAUGCGCAAAAAGCGGUGCAAAUGGUGCGUCAUCACACCCCGUUGAUGUUGACUCCCGGUUAUGUGGGCAUUGACCCUCAUGAUAUCCAGUGGUUUAACUUGAGAAUGCACUGGCUCGAAAGACUCGUUAGAACGUUUGGUAGUAACAGUGCGAUCGUUGCGCUUGUGAUCUUGUGGGCUAUUCCUGUCGCGUUUGUGGGUUUGGUCUCCAAUAUUACUUACUUGACUAAUAAGUUGCCAUGGCUAAGGUUUAUCUACAACAUGCCUACCCAAUUGCUUGGUAUCAUCACCAGUUUGGCGCCAACCAUCGCUUUGACCUUGUUGAUGAUGCUGUUGCCUAUAUUCAUUAGGAAAAUGGCGUUGCUCUCGGGUGCGCCCUCCGUGCAACACAUCGAGUACUACACACAACAGUCCUAUUUCGCUUUCCAGGUCAUCCAAGUGUUCUUGGUUACUACCUUGGCUUCCAGUGCUACGUCAACGGUAACAGCCAUCGUUAACGAACCAACAUCGGCAAUGAAACUCUUGGCCCAGAACUUGCCAAAGAGUUCGAAUUUCUACAUUGGUUACAUCAUGCUUCAAGGUUUGUCCAUCUCCUCGGGUGCCCUACUGCAAAUCGUCCCACUUAUCACGUUCCACUUGUUGGGGAUGUUGCUCGACUCGACCGCUAGAAAGAAGUGGACCAGAUUCACCAACUUGCCCACGAUGUCCUGGGGUACCACUUUCCCAGUGUACACUAACUUGGCUGUCAUCACUUUCUCGUACGCCAUCAUCUCGCCAUUGAUCUUGCUCUUCGCAUGCGUCGGGUUCUUCCUCUUGUACAUUGCUUAUUUGUACAACUUGACCUACGUGUACCAGGAAUCCACCGAUUCCCGUGGUAUCCACUACCCAAGAGCCUUGUUCCAAACAAUGGUCGGCUUGUACCUAGGUCAAAUCUGUUUGCUAGGUCUAUUUGUCGUGGGUAAAGGUUGGGGUCCAAUCGUUUUGCAAGCAAUCUGUCUCGGUGUCACUGUGUUCAUCCACGUUAACUUGAACGCCGCAUACGAUCACUUGAUCACUGUGGUGCCAAUCGAUACCAUGAAGGCCCUCGACGGUAAGUCUAACACUCCAUCCUACGUCAGAAUAGAAAACGAGGAUGAGGAGAAGGACGAAAUCAAAGAACUGCCUCCAUUCCAAAUCAAGAAGUACCAACCUCGUUCCUCCGGUCAGUACGACCAAAGAACAACCUCGAUGUUCAGCGACAACACCUACGAAAUCCAAACUGGUGUCUUCGACACCGACAACGAAAACAACAUUAACGCUGUUCCACUCUUGGCUGACGGUGACACAACUCCAGUGGUGGCUGCUCCAUUCUGGAAACGUUUCUUCCAACCACACAUCUACCUAUCCUACAAAGCUGUUAAAUCAAGAUUGCCAGAAAUUUACAACCUGCCUGAUCCAAAGGAAAUGACUGACCCUGAAGACAUUAAGCACGCUUACGAUUACCCAACCGUGUCCUCUAAGUGUCCAUACCUAUGGAUUCCUCGUGACCCAUAUGGUUUCUCCACGGUCCAAAUCCAAGAACUAGAAGGCAUUGUUGAAAUAUCUGACGAAGGUGCCUCUUUCAACGAAAAGGGCGCCAUCGAAUGGGAAACUGCUCCACCUUCUUACAACGAUUCACAGGCUGAAAAGGUUAUCUCCAACCCAUUCAAAGAGGAAGAAGAAGACGAUUUGAAGUUGUCCGAUUAA